AAAAGAAUCUGGCCGUUGCCGAGACGUUGGAUUAAGUUUAUAUAGCUCCAUUUUCGGCUGUCAAUCGUCAUAUCAGCUCAGAACCCCCAAACUCUUGGGGUCAACCAUCCCACGCGGCAUUGAACCCCUCACUGAUCAACACGGAAACCCGGCCAUGUACAUAGAGCUUUGUCCCCGCUAUGGACGGAUAAAAGCGAAAGACAGAGGGAAAAUGCGUGGUCCUGGAGCCGUAGGUGACAUGAGCUGCGGGUAAGCUAAUAGCUCAGUUUCAGUAUAUAUCUCUUGUUUAUCCUUUGCUCUAUCUCUGCCACUCAAUGAAUCUUGGCAGUUAACUUCAAGCUACACCAUUCGAUAAAACACAAUGGCACCUAACCAACCCCUUUGUCUUGGAUACAAUGGAAUACACCCCUUUUCCAAGGUUGAGAUUAAGGAUCGCACAUCUGUUCAAGAGCUCCUUCGCACUGUUCUUGAUCCUCUAGAGCCAUUCUUCUCUCCCCAAAAAGCCCGUGUCAAGUGUCCCGGUGCAACAGCAGUUCGAUUCGACCAGACUGCUUCAGAAGUCGAAGGAAUAUGCCGUCCACUCUGGGGUUUGGCUGCUUUACUGGCAGGUGGUGGUGAUUACGAAGGCAAGGAAUGGUGGAUUCAGGGUAUCAAGUCAGGGACUGAUCCAGAAAACCCCGAAUAUUGGGGUUAUCCUCAGGACAAUGACCAAAGAAUGGUUGAGAUGUGCCCCCUUGGCUGGGCGUUGGCUGUUGUCCCCGAGUUUUGGAGCAGCCUUUCUGACAAGGAGAAGAGUAAUGUUGAGACAUGGCUAGGAAACUCAAUCAACGAGAAGAAGUCAGCUCUCAACAAUGUACCAAUGAUUCACUGGCUAAUCGUCUUGCAGUAUGCCCAACACUAAUUGGCUAUGGUUCCGUGUAUUUGCCAACCUGGGGCUGAAGAAGAACGGCGGCAAAUUCUCCCAGGAAAGACUUGACAGUGACAUUGAGCACCUCGAAACCUUUUAUCGUGGAGGAGGCUGGUCCAACGAUGGACCAGAAGGCAUCCAUCAAAUGGACUAUUACUCGUCAAGUUUCGCAAUUCAGCUACUUCAGCUAUUGUACGCCAAGUUAGCAGGGGAAGAGGACCCAAAGCGGGCAGAAGAAUUCAAGAGGCGGGCACAACAGGUCGCUCUGGAUUUAAUCCAUUACUUUGACGAUGAAGGCAGAGCCAUCCCUUACGGUCGAAGCGUAGGCUACCGUUUUGCCAUGGUUUCUUUCUGGGGAGCGCUGGCCCAUGCCGAUGUUGAGUUGCCUGCACCGUUGACUUGGGGCAUGGUGAAAGGAGUUGUGUUUCGUCACUUGCGUUGGUGGCAGACCCAAGGUGAUAUUUGGACAUCAAGUGGUACACUGUCGAUUGGGUAUUCUUACCCAAAUAUGUAUAUGGCGGAGAACUAUAACAGCCCCGGAAGCCCCUACUGGGCAUGCCUCGCAUUUAUGUGCCUGGCAACACCAGAAGAUCACCCUUUCUGGACAUCCGACGAGGAGUCAACUAGUGGUGUAAUCCCCAAGAUGAAAGCUUUGAGCCAACCGGGUCAUAUUAUGAGUUACCUUGGCGGCCACUGCAUGCUUCUGUCGUCAGGACAAGCUUGCAGCUACCCAAUGAAAGGAACCCAUGCCAAAUACGGCGGAUUUGCUUACAGCAGCGCAUACGGAUAUUCGGUACCCCCCGGUCUCUUUUCCCUAGAACAGUAUGCACUGGCAUCGCAACUCGGGCUCUCGGAUGAUGGGGGCGAGUACUGGAAGACCCGAAGGCUUUGCGAGUAUGCGGGGAUCGAGGACCGCGAAGGUACCCCAGUUCUCGUCUCGAUUUGGAAGCCUUUCCCAGAUGUCACAAUUCGCACCAUCUUGAUUCCUUCACAAGAAGAAACCCCCAACUGGCAUCUUCGAGUUCAUCAUAUCAAGAGUGGUCGUGAGGUCAUGACGGCGGAUGGCUCCUUUGCUAUUUCCAAUGUCAACUCAACUAAUGGACGAUAUCUUGAACCAUACGAUGAAACAAAGCACGAGGGAACAUCUCCCAAGAUCAUUGGCAAUUACGAUCUAAAGACGCCCGAUGGUUGGGCAAGCGGAAAGUCGGGGGCUUUUGCAGUAUCGAAAGGCGCUGUUGGCAUCAAAGCUUUAGAGCCGGCGGAACAACGUCAGGCUAUGCUGGUUAAUGCAGAUCCGAACUCGAACUUGGUUGAGAGCAGGAGCACAAUUCCAACUCUGCAACAUACCAUCAAAGCUGGUGAGUCGGUCUGGUAUGUCUCUGCUAUAUAUGCCAAGCCCUCGGGGGUUGGGGUGAACAAGGAAAGCUAUCUCGAUGGAUGGGCCAAGACUCCUCCCAUCCCUGGCUGGCUAGAGAAAGAGAUGAAUGCUUAACCCCAAAUGUUAGGACAAGAGGUAGGCUUGAGUGGAAGAAAUUAGAUGGAGGACACGGGAUUUGAAAGAUCCCAUCAAUCAAAGCAUCAUAUUAUCUUCUCCUCAUCUGAAGUCCUGCUCCCCGCUUCGUCUAUGCCUUCUUUGCGGGGAGGGCCUGCAGCUUGUCCCAAAUCUUGGCACAGAAUGACUUCCGGAGUAGAUUCAUCAGUCUUAGAAGCUUGGCUGUUGAGGCUGAGGUGAUCACAUUCGUUCAUUUCGACACGAUAUAACCUUAAAAGAAAGCUCCGCAUUCGCUCAUAGUUUAAGUUGCCUAGAGGCUAGACUCAUGUGCGAUCCCCGCCGGAGAGACUCAAUUCCACGUAUCAGAUCAUGAAGACGAUCACAACUCUCCCCAACACCCAUGUCAUAAUCAAUCGACUUCAGCCGGCGGACGCCCCAGACGGAGAGCCACCAGUGGAGCUUCUCUCCACAACCC